AUACCAACUUUAGUAGUACUACUAUAAAAACGGGUAAGCAAAUACACCCAAAGAGUGAACUACCAGCGAAGCGACAAUGGCAUCAACGUUCCGGUGUCUUUUCUCUAUCGUCUUCCUUGCUCUUCUUAUGGAAGGAUCCCAUGGAUGUUCGGUGAGAGACAUCGUAGUAGGCACAAUAAGAAGUGGGAGAGAAAUAGAUGGCGUACCUGAAUGGAACGUGGUUGUUAACAACCACUGCAACUGCACACAAAGCCAUAUAAAAUUUGCUUGUAUAGGAUUUCAAACUAAAGAACCUGUUGACCCUGCAAUUCUUUUUGUGAGAUAUAAUACUUGUCUCCUUAUUAGAGGCAGUCCCUUGGCUCCUUUUGGUACUGUUAAAUUCUCCUAUGCUUGGGAUCCUCCCUUUCUAUUGAGACCAUCCAGCACUGUUGUAGGUCCUUGUUAACUCAGAUAUAUAUACGCAUUCAAGAAAUAAAAUUAUAUUUCAAUUUUAUUAA